ACGAACAUGGGCAGAACGGCGCACGAUGUCGAAGCCAACGUUGAACCAUCUUCAGCAACAGACUGGAGCAGUCCUAACGACCCAGGGAACCCACAGAAUUGGCCAAAAUGGAAACUAUUAUACCAUACCUUGAUACCAACGAGCGUUGCUUUCUUGUGCCCUUUCGGCUCGUCGGUAUACACGCCUGGUCAUCAACAAGUCAUGAACGACUUCCAUGUCUCUCGCGAGGUCGCCCUGCUUCCUUUCUGCUUGUACCUGCUCGGCCUAGCCUUUGGCCCUGUCCUGGCAGCACCUGUUUCCGAGACACUGGGACGUAAGAUCGUGUAUACGUCGGCGUUGCCCAUCUUCGCUGCUUUCACAAUUGGAGCUGGCUUCUCGCAGAGCAUCACUGCGCUGAUCGUUUGUCGUUUCUUCUCCGGGUUGUUCUCCAGUCCAGGUCUUAGCAUAGGUACUGGCACAAUAUCCGAUAUCUGGCCACCCGAAAAGCGUGGCGCACCAAUGGCCAUCUUCGUCGCCAGCGUGCAAGUUGGUCCAUCAUUAGGACCUCUCAUUGGCGGCUACGUCACUGUCAACAAAAACUGGCGCUGGACACAAUGGGUUCUUUUGAUGGGGCUGGCCAUUGUUUUCACCAUCACCCUCGGCAUGUCAGAGACCUACAAGAAGGUCAUACUCCAGCGUCGCGCAAAGCGGCUGGGUAUACCAGGACUACCUGGACAGGAAGGCACGCUGGCCAAGAAGAUCAAGUUCUUCGCGACUAAGACUAUUGUGCGGCCACUGCACAUGCUGUGUAGGGAGCCUGUUGUCACUCUAUUCGACAUUUAUGUUGCCUUCAAUUUCGGCUUGUUGAAUGCUUUCUUCGCUGCUUUCUCCUGGGUCUUCGAGGAUGUGUAUGGCUUUAGCCUAGGGACUACAGGGUUAACAUAUCUUGGUCAGACGGUUGGCAGUAUGGUUGGCCUCGUCAUCAUGCUGUUUGUGUAUAAGUAUGUGUGGGCUGCGCAGUCACAGCGCGCGAAGGCGCAAGGUCAAAAAGUCUCUCCGGAGCGACGAUUGAUCAUUGCAAAGCUUGGGGCGCCACUCAUACCAGUUUCGCUCUUCUGGUUUGGCUGGACCGCAGAAUAUCGGAUACACUGGGUAAGCCCAGUUGUCGCCGAAGCUUUCUUCGCCUGCGGCAACUUACUUAUCUUCACCUGUGCCUCUCUAUAUCUUACGGAUUGCUACGGAGCUCUAUAUGGCGCAUCUGCCUGGUCAUCCAACACCUUCCUGCGAUACCUUUUCGCAUCAGUGUUCCCGCUGUUCGCCGUCCAGAUGUUUGAGGGUUUGGGACCUGGUUGGGCGACAUCUUUACUAGGUUUCAUAUCAGUACUCUUGAUCCCGAUACCUUUUGCUUUCGAUCGAUACGGUGGGCGACUCAGAUUGAAGAGCAAGUACACCUCUGGCGAGUAACGAUCACUAGAUCAAACGGGACCAGAUACUUGCUACCUCAUUCUUGCUCCGUUCACUUUCCACUCAACCUUCCCUUCCACAUAAGACGCCUUGUUGUGCAGCAUGGGGCUGACCAUGGUACCGCGUUUGAGCCUGUAUCUCCCGAUCUUGCACAAUCUGUCCCGCUUCCACGGUGACGUUCCAAAUUUAGUCUCAUAUAGGUAGCACCGCUUUGUUACAGCUUGACUGUGGCUGAUUCCGGUUCCGGCGAUGAGCGGCAGCAGGUAGCCAUCAAGAUAAUGGUCCUUCAACGAGAUCUGAGGUGGUCAAGACUUAUGUAUAGCAGUCAUCUAUCUUGUGCACCGUGUCAUAUCGUCUACUGCUUGGUAGUCGUGUUAGCUCGGCCUCCGUCGUGGAACAUCGAUUAAUUGAG